AUGUCCGACUCAAGUGAUCAAGAAUGCUGGUUGGAAAAGGAAAAUCAGCUGGACGAAAUUGCAAUCAAACGACGGAACUAUAGCGACAAGAGCAAAGAGCUCCAAGGGUGGGUUUGGAGGUUAUGGUUGCUUUACAACUUUUGGGAUUAUACCAUCACAAAGCGCCGCAAGUAUAUUGAUGCUGCAUCAACAUUACAAACGUAUUGGAACGUCUGGACGACUGAACGACGAAAGAGGACCGGCUUAUCCAUUCCAGACUACAUCAAGGACGACAUGAAAGGUGUUCGCGAGCGGUUGGUUAUUCGACACCAGUUGAGGACCGAUCCUAAACCUCGGCCGCACGCCCGAUCGGAGGAUGUCUUCGAACUGCAAAAGACCCUAUGGACUACAGGAAACCAAACUUGGGAUCCACUGCAGCUUGCCGUGUUUAUGCUACUGGCUGGGCCGACGGCCCACCGACGGAGGGCUUUGCUCACUCUCCGGCAUUGUGAUAUCUUUUUGACCCUGUUGCCCGAUCCUGGUUGCCACGAAUGGCCGCAGAUUGUCGUGGAGGUAAAGCCGGAUAAGACAAAGCGAUACCGAUGUCGCCGGAAACGAACGACCACGAUUUCCCUACUCGAGGUGCCUGGUGAAACAUGCCUUUUUCUGUGCCCCAAAACGUUUCUACUCGGGUUGUUGGUACGAAAGGCGGCAUUUCGUGACCUGGAUAUUGUGUCAGCCGAGCAGUUAUACGAUCUGAGAAUUCCCCCGGACGCGCGCCAACUCUCCCUGAAGCUUGCUGAUCCUGAGGCCUUUCUGUUCAAUAUGACCGAAAGCACCCUGGACUCACAUCUAAGACGGCUCGGAGAGCUAGCUGGUUACGAUCACACAGUCACUUCAAAAUGGUUUCGCCGGGGGGGCGGCGAGGCGGUAAACAGUAGCACCGAGAUCAGUGAAGCGCAACAAAAUCUACUCAUGCAACACAGAACGGGUACUGUGUAUCAGGAUAACUAUGCUCCCGAUCAUCUGCCAGCUGACGUGUACUCCGUGUGGAGAGGCCUGGCACCGCAGCGGGAGAUGGUGCGAAUGACUAGCGGCCAAAGUCGAACCAUUCGCAAGGAUCGACCCGUUGACUUGACAGACGCACAGAAGGCAGAAGCAAUGAACGACCCAGACGUGCAACGUCGUUUGGAGCUUUGGGUGACAUGCAAGGCCAAGGUGGCGAUGGAAUAUGGCAACCUUUCUAAGGCGAAGGGAACCCAGGAUUACCAAGAAGCCUUACAGCGGCGCAAUAAGUACCACGCGGCCGUUCGGGCCGCAGAAAGAGCCAAGAAACGAGAGGUUCGGGCUCACUUUAAUGAGGAACAGCCAGUAACCGACGUUCGGCGGCAGGUCCAUGGCCUCCCAUUUGAAACUGCAAGCCAAUCAGCUCCGAAUGCAACCCCUCCGGAGCAAUACCGCGCGUUUGAAAUGGUGUUUCGGUUCGCACCUUCGUCACCCCAAGAUAAUCGUCGCUGCCGUGUGACCGUGAUUAAUGCUCUUUCUCAGGUAAAACCGAGGUACUGGCCGCGGGCCCAGCAGAGCCAUAUACAACAGACUCCCUCUGUGGUUGUGGCCCCUUUGCAGGAGAGUACCAAUCUCCGUCAUCAACCGUACCGACUCAGUGAAAGACAAUGUUUGUGGUGUGUCAUAGCCAAGACACGAUUGGAACCAUUUAAAAGUCCUUACUCCCUUUACCGCCAUAUCUGCCGCCUUCAUAUCAAUGAUACACAGGCAGAAUGGCCUGUUCGUUGCCCGGAUGCCAUUUGUGGAGAAUUAUUAUCGUGUCAAAAUGAGUUCCGGAACCAUAUGGCCAUAGUGCACGGCUCAAUUUUUUGA